CAAAGACCUGCCAAUGGAUGUUGCAAUUCUUUGAAGGAGCACAGAAUUAAUCUGUUGCCAUGCGUAUCACUUUCUGCCAGGCCCUGUUAACUGGUGCCAUCGUCAUCAACCUCCUUAUUCUUUAUUAUGUGUCUCGAGCCCAGCAGCAGAUGAUGGAGAAGAGGAAGGAGCUUGGCCGUGGCACGAGGAGGGCUGCUCGGCCAGGCUCAGUUCUCGGAGGAGGCCUAGGAGUCCUCGGAGGAGAACAUGGAUUGGUUGGAGUGGAGGGGCACGGGCGAAGCCCUCGUGUGACUGUUCUUCUUCGGGAGUUUGAAAACUUUGAGAAUUAUGUAAGGGAUGUGGCUAAUUCCUUCCUUCGUCAACGACCGGAUCUGCCCUUCCUGACUGUGGCUGACGUGUUUCCAUACCCUCCCCUUGUGCUUCCUGAAGGCGCUCGUCUUCUGGUGCUCUCCCCCAGUCCGGAGCAGCCACCGCAAGCUCACAGGCCAGAGUUUCAUGUGCAAACAGAGUUUGUGCUGUUGGUGCCUGAUGGAGUGGAGCUUGAGCAGCCUCGAGUUAUUGAGAGGCUGAUUAAGGAGUUGGAAGGGGAGGGUGGGGGGCCUGUGAGGCUGGUAGCUGCACCUGUGCUUGUUCGAUCGGCUGUUCAGUGCCUCCACCUGCGGGUGAACCUUAGAGAGUGGACAGCCACCUACUCACCAGCUGCUUCUGGAAGCAGUGGGAGUGUGUGUACGGCUUUACAAGGAGAUGCAGUUGUCCUGAUACGUACAGAGGACCUUUUCAAUCUGUCCGUCCCUCUGGGGCGACCCCUUUUUCCUGCUCUUUUUGUUCAGACCUCCUUGAGAGGUUGGAAAGUCAAACUGCUGGAAAGCCCUUGCUUCUCCACAAACCACAGGCCACUUUUCAGCUCUGCGCACAGUCAGUGGAAGGCUGAGACUCGACUGAAAGAGGCCACGGGGAAGCUAAUGAGGAGCUUUGGUCUGAAGCGCCUCCUGAUGCCUGAUGGGAAGGAACAGUGGUACGGCUGCAGUAAAGAAACGCCUCGCUGCUUUGGUACUGUGCAAGAUGACACGCCGGACUAUCUUUACCUUGAUCGCUGGACGCCUCCUUGCUGUCUGCGAUCACUCAGGGAAACCACCAAGUAUGUCAUCAAUGUCUUGGAGAGUUCAGGGGUGCGCUACUGGUUAGAGGGCGGGUCUCUGCUCGGUGCUGUUCGCCACCAAGACAUCAUCCCAUGGGAUUACGAUGUGGACCUGGGAAUCUACCUGGAAGAUGUGCCCAAUUGUGACCACCUAAAGAACCUGGACUCAGGCUCUCUGGUGGAUGCUAAUGGAUACGUGUGGGAGCGCGCUGUGGAAGGAGACUUCUACAGAGUCCAGUACAGCGAGGCCAACCACCUACAUGUCGACCUGUGGCCGUUCUACCCCCGGAACGGCGUCAUGACUAAAGACACGUGGACAGAGCACAAACAAGACGUGGAGUUCCCAGAACAUUUCCUGCAGCCGUUGGUCCCCAUGCCUUUCGCUGGCAUCACAGCCUAUGGCCCAAACAACCACAGAGCCUUCCUGGAGCUCAAGUUUGGAGAGGGAGUGAUCGAGAACCCUCAGUACCCAAACCCUGACAGAAAAAGGCUGGACAGAAGCAAGUUAUGAAAGACAGUAGGGACUCACAGGCCCUUUUUAUAUUGCACUGAUACUUUUUAUUUAUUUAAGUGAUUCAAAAGAAUUUACCUCUUUUUUUGACAAACAAAACUACACAAUGCCAAAACAACUAUUA